CUCAAGUCAAGCCCUUCAGUCCUAAGUCAAUUUCACAUUUGGAGUUAAUAGUUUCUCUAUAAAACUGGCCUGAGGCUAGAUCGAUCGACGUGAUCCCACAGCCAUGGCAGACAAGCAUACAACAACAAUGUUGCUGAAGGUUGAUCUUCAGUGCGGUCGCUGCUACAAGAAGGUGAAGAAAGUUCUAUGUAAAUUCCCUCAAAUACAUGACCAGAUAUACAACGAGAAGCAAAACACGGUGACAAUCAAAGUGGUGUGCUGCUGUCCCGAAAAGAUUAUGCAAAAGAUACGCUGCAAGGGUGGUGCUUCUAUUAUGUGCAUUGAGAUCGUACCGCCCCCGAAGCCCAAGCCUCCUCCAGUUGAGAAGCCCAAGCCUCCACCUGACGAUCCCAAGCCUCCUCCACCUGAACAACCAAAGCCCGAUAACAAGCCUCCUCCACCGGAGCCACCCAAGGUUCAUGUGCUUGUACCGACGCUUUGCCCACCAGCUGUUUACCCGAUUCGUGACUGUUGUAGGGAAUGUUCUGAGGGUCGCAGUGGGGGCCCAUGCUUUCAUGGUCAUGGCCAGCUGCCACCCCCAUGUUAUGUGGGCUAUGGGACGCCAGUGUAUGAUAGUUAUGGUGGCGGUUGGCCGUACAGGGGUUGCUAUGUGAGCCGCAGUGAUUACUUUUGUGAAGAGUAUCCAUCGGGAUGCACUGUCAUGUAAAUGCAUGCGUGGUGGACAUCAUCAUGUUCUAGUUUCCUCCGUUAUGCGUACGCGCGUCGUUGUUGAUGUUGAUCGGUCAAUUAAGUUCGUAUUUAUGUUUUCUUUUACUUGCUUCAUAGGAUUUGGAAAGAUUGAUAAGGUUGCUGGGCUGGUUAAUGUCGUCGGUAGACGAGUGUUGUUAAUUUAAUUACUGAGUGCUACGUGAGUUGUAAUGAUAUUUAAUAAAAAGAAGUUUCUUAGCUAUUGCUGAA